UCCAAAAUUGUUUCAAAAUUGGGCACCAAAGUUUCAAUCUUCCACCAAAAACCCUCCUACAAAACCCUAGAAGUUACAAUGAUGAUAUAGCAGCAGAGCAAAAUCUUCUUCACCUCCAUUAAAAUUUAAACCCCAUUACCUCAAAAAUUUGAAUUUCACUUCUUCAAUUUCUCUCUCCAACCAUGCCCAGAAAUGGCGACAUUCAAUUCAUAUCAUCCUCCAUUAAAAUACCAUCUUCUUCAACCCAAAACCCUAUAUUUCCUUCACAACACCUCCCAUUUUGCUCUCAAUCCCUAUCUUCUUCCCUCACACAAGCCAAAUUCUCAAUUACCCAGUUCAUAGAUUCCAUCAAACUCCACAAAAACCCCUUCAAGUUGCGUUCUUUUCCACCACCAUUGUUGUGUUCUUCAACAUUGUCAUUGAGUCGACCAGAUGAGUCAACUCAGCCACCCGGUGCUGGUGCUGGUGGUGCUGGUGGUGCGGUGGAGGUGAGUCAGGCAAAGGCAUUAGUGAGUCGAACUCGGAGAGAGGAUGAGGAGAGAGUGUUGAUCAGUGAGGUUUUAGUGAGGAACAAAGAUGGAGAAGAGUUGGAGAGGAAAGACCUCGAAUCGGAGGCGUUAACGGCUUUGAAAGCGUGUCGAGCCAAUUCGGCUUUGACAGUGAGAGAGGUUCAGGAGGAUGUUCAUAGGAUUAUUGAUAGUGGGUAUUUCUCUUCUUGUAUGCCUGUUGCAGUGGAUACUAGGGAUGGUAUCAGAUUGGUCUUUCAGGUAGAACCAAACCAGGAGUUUCGAGGAUUGGUGUGUGAAGGAGCUAAUGUUCUCCCAUCCAAGUUUGUAGAGGAUUCAUUUCGUGAUGGAUAUGGAAAAGUGGUCAAUAUCAGGCGUUUGGAUGAAGUGAUUGAUUCCAUCAACGGAUGGUACAUGGAGCGUGGCCUUUUUGGCAUGGUAUCAGGUGUUGAGAUCCUUUCAGGGGGUAUACUGAGGUUACAAAUUGCUGAAGCUGAGGUCAAUGACGUCUCAAUUCGUUUCCUUGACCGGAAGACACGUGAACCAACUGUAGGGAAGACAAAGCCGGAAACAAUACUUCGGCAGCUUACAACUAAAAAAGGACAGGUGUACAGUAUAAAUCAAGGCAAAAGGGAUGUGGAGACUGUCUUAACAAUGGGAAUUAUGGAAGAUGUUAGCAUCUUUCCGCAGCCUGCUGGCGACACUGGUAAGGUUGAUUUGGUAAUGAAUGUGGUUGAGCGUGUGAGUGGAGGUUUCUCGGCUGGUGGUGGAAUUUCGAGUGGGAUAACAAGUGGCCCGUUGUCAGGUCUAAUUGGAAGCUUUGCAUAUUCUCACAGAAACCUUUUUGGUAAGAAUCAAAAAGUAAAUGUCUCGCUUGAGAGGGGACAGAUCGACUCUAUAUUUCGGAUAAAUUACACAGUCCCAUGGAUUGAAGGUGAUGAUAAGCGUACUCAACAAUCAAUUAUGAUUCAGAAUUCAAGAACUCCUGGUACUUUGGUCCAUGGUAAUCAACCCGACAAUAGUAACAUAACCAUUGGCCGUGUAACAGCUGGCAUUGAAUUCAGCAGGCCUAUAAGACCAAAGUGGAGCGGAACUGCUGGGCUUACAUUUCAGCGUGCUGGUGCUCAUGAUGAAAAAGGGGAUCCUGUUAUUAAGGAUUUCUACAGCAGCCCUCUUACUGCGAGUGGGAAUACUCAUGAUAAUAUGUUGCUUGCCAAAUGCGAAUGUGCCUACACUGGUGAUUUAGGAUCCUCCAUGUUGGUCUUCAGCAUGGAACAAGGUCUUCCCGUCUUGCCAGAGUGGUUAUCUUUUAACCGAGUGAAUGCCCGUGCCAGGACAGGUGUGGAAGUCGGACCAGUUAAUCUUCUUUUAAGUUUGUCUGGUGGUAACGUGGUGGGUAAAUUCUCUCCUCAUGAAGCAUUUGCUAUUGGUGGCACAAAUAGUGUGAGAGGAUAUGAAGAGGGUGCUGUUGGCUCAGGCCGUUCCUAUGUGGUUGGCUGUGGAGAAAUCUCCUUCCCUCUGUUUGGUCCAGUAGAUGGCGCUCUUUUCACUGAUUAUGGAACUGACCUGGGAUCGGGACCAUCUGUUCCUGGUGAUCCUGCUGGUGCGAGGUUAAAACCUGGGAGUGGAUACGGGUAUGGAUUUGGUAUACGCGUGGAGUCUCCUCUAGGUCCUUUACGUCUUGAAUACGCAUUUAACGACAAGCAAGCAAGGAGGUUUCAUUUUGGUGUUGGUCACCGGAACUAGCAUCAUUUCUGCAGGUUCUUUUGUACCUCGUCCCGGCAUCUAUCAAAGUUUUUGUUCUAAAGUAGUAGUAUAGGUUAGUUAAUACAUCCUACCAAUUGAUGAAAAUACAUGAUGAUUCGGCUUUACCUGUGGGAGGCUUACACUUUAUACAUACCUGAUCCCUGCAAUGUUAUCUUCUUGCUUCAUCUGUA